AGGAAGAAAAGAAGAAAAAUAGAUGGGAGACUGCGUCGUCGGUCUCCCUCAUCAGCCCUCGCUUGAACUUGAUCCUGCAGAGGGAUGGUUGGUGGAAGAGAACGACCACCCAAUUGAACAAGUUCGACUCACAGUAGACCCAAUCGACAACCCUAAUCUCCCCGUCCUCACCUUCCGAACAUGGCUCAUCGGAUCCAUCUCCUGCGUCAUGCUAUCUUUCGCCAACAAAUUCUUCGGCUACAGAACCAAUCAGCUCUACAUCGGAUCAGUCUGCGUUCAAAUCGUCUCGCUCCCCGUCGGCAGAUUCCUUGCCGCCUCUUUGCCGAAGAAGAACGUCAAGAUUCCUUUCACUAACUGGUCUUUCUCGCUCAACCCCGGUCCAUUCAAUAUGAAGGAGCAUUGUCUCAUCACCAUUUUCGCCAACUCCGGUGCCGGCGGUGUCUAUUCAAUUCACAUCGUCACCAUUGUCAAGGCUUUCUAUCAGAGAAAUAUCAAUCCAUUUGUUGCCUUCUUGUUGGCUCAAACCACGCAGUUACUUGGUUGCUGGGCUGGAAUUUACAGAAAGUACUUGGUGGAAUCUCCAUAUAUGUGGUGGCCAUCAAAUCUAGUUCAAGUUUCCCUCUUCAAAGCUCUGCAUCAAAAAGAGAAGAGGAAGAAGGGAAGCCUGACAAGAUUUCAAUUCUUCAUAGUAAUUUUUGUGUUCAGCUUUGCAUACUAUGCCAUUCCCGGCUAUCUCUUCCCUGCCAUCUCCACCGUCUCUGUCCUAUGCUUGAUAUUCAAGAACUCCAUCACCAUGCAACAAAUUGGAUCAGGGAUGAAAGGUCUUGGGAUUGGCUCCUUCGGUCUUGAUUGGUCGACGGUUGCUAGCUUUCUAGGUAGCCCCUUGGGAACGCCCGCAACUGCAAUCUUUAACGUGAUGGCGGGUUACUUCAUUGUCGUGUACAUUAUGCUUCCAUUUGCUUAUUGGACCAACAUAUACAAUGCAAAGCAUUUUCCAUUUAUCUCAUCCCAUGUCUUUGACUCUUCCGGGCAUCUAUACAACACGACACGGAUUAUUGAUAGCAGUACUUUCACAUUGAACAUCGAAGAACAAGAGAAUUAUAGCAAGAUAAACAUGAGUAUUAUGUUUGCGUUGACGUAUGGUCUAGGAUUUGCAACCCUGACAUCAUCGAUCAUGCAUGUUGCUCUCCACAAUGGAAAGGAUAUUUGGAAGUCAUGGCAGCAAACCAGAGAUUCCUCGAAGGAGAAGAAAAUAGAUGUUCAUGCUAAGUUGAUGAGCAACUAUGAUGCUGUGCCCCAAUAUUGGUUCUAUGCUCUCUUGAUUUUGGUAAUUCCUGUCUCAAUUUUCACUUGUGUUGGAUUUGGCGGCGCGUUGCAGCUUCCAUGGUGGGGAAUAUUACUGGGUUGCGCAAUGGCUUUGUUCUUCACAUUACCUAUCGGAGUUAUUACAGCAACUACAAACCAGCAACCGGGGCUCAAUAUUAUCACAGAAUACAUCAUUGGUCUUAUGCUACCUGGAAAGCCCCUAGCAAAUGUUACGUUCAAGACAUAUGGGUAUAUAAGCAUGACUCAAGCACUCACAUUUCUUAGUGAUUUCAACCUGGGACAUUAUAUGAAGAUUCCUCCCAAAUCUAUGUUCGUCUCUCAGUUAGUAGGGACAGUGAUAGCAGCCUCAGUCUACUUUGGAACAGCAUGGUUUCUUCUCGAGUCAAUUGAGAACAUAUGCGACACGGAUAAACUUCCAGCCGACAGCCCAUGGACAUGCCCGGGCGACGACGUCUUCUACAACGCGUCCAUCAUAUGGGGACUCGUCGGCCCGGUGCGAAUGUUCGGAAAACUAGGUCUCUACUCUGCUUUGAACUACUUCUUCAUUGCCGGCUUCUUGCUGCCCGUUCCUUUCUGGUGGCUUUCUCGUGCCUUCCCCAAUCAGAAGCUGCUCAAGUAUGUCCACAUACCGGUCAUUCUCGGAGGCGCCGGCGGCAUCCCCCCCGCGCACACGGUUAACUAUAUCACGUGGGGCGCCGUGGGCAUCUUCUUCAACUACUACAUUUACAAGAAAUACAAGGAAUGGUGGGCGAGGCACACGUACGUGAUGUCGGCCGCUCUGGAUGCCGGCAUUGCUUUCAUGGGAGUUCUCAUCUUUUUCUGCUUGCAGUACCAUGACAUCAGUGGAAUAGAUUGGGUGGGAGGGGAAGCAAGUGACUUCUGCCCACUUGCAGGUUGCCCUACUGCCCCAGGAGUGGUAGCCAAAGGAUGCCCAGUAAAAGCAUGAUAGAUGAUUACUAUUUCCUAUUGAUUUUAUCUUAUUUGGUGAUAAGCUUUGCAAGGUUCAUUGUUUUAGUAAUCCCAAGUCAUUGUACAUAUAGUUCUUCAGUUACUCUU